UUCGUGUUGGAAAAGCAGCACCAACACAAAUGUAACUGGUUUGCUGUAAUCACUCGAUCGAAAAUUGUGUGUCUGACUUAUCGAAGGUUUCUCGUUCAAAAGUAUAGGAAAUGUAAUUUCGCUUUCUCGGGUCAAAGGGCAAUCUGUAUUUAGUGAUGUAUUAAAAUUAGUCCAGCGAGCACUCCCUAAGAAGAACUGCCUUGUGUUUUCGCCUAGUGCACGGAGAAGAAAUGUCGGGUUGAGGAAUCGUAAACAAAACAGAAGAAACGGCACGUUUUUUGUUCUUUAAGUAAAUGAUUAAUACAUGCAACAAUAAUGGCAAACAAGGCUCAGGUUUUAUACGACUUCACAGCUGAACCUGGAAAUAAUGAGCUGACUGUGAAAGAGGGUGAGACGAUCACCAUCACCAACCAGAACAUCGGUGGAGGCUGGAUAGAAGCUCAGAACUCCAGGGGAGAAGUAGGACUGGUUCCAGAAGACUAUAUUGAGGUCAACAAAGCCUCCCCGGCAGUUGGAAAAGCAGCCCCGCCGGACCUGUCCUUCUUUGACACCUUCGCCCCGGCAACAGCCAACGUUGCCGCCAGCAACCAGGUGGAUAUUACAGGCUGUUCCUUUCAGCCGGAUACUCCCGAAACUCCGGUCCCCUCCUCCACAUCCCCUGACGAGGCGAGCAAUGGAAAUGACCCCUGGUCUGCAUGGAACUCCGACCCGCCUGCAAACUCCGCUAACAACUGGGCAGCCACGCCGGAAGGCACCGAAACCGGGAAGGCCGCAACAGCAGGAAACUGGGAUUCUACUGCACAAGGUCACCCUCAAGCCUACCAGGGUCCAGGUGCAACGGACGAUGACGAGUGGGAUGAUGAGUGGGACGACGUGAAGUCAACAGGGGGGUAUGCCGAGUCCGAGGCUGGGGAGGGAGGAGCCAACAGAGGAGCCCAUGGAUCUACAAUGAAAAUCAAGUUCCCUGGCUUCUCCAAAUCUGGUCCAGAGUUAUAUCUUCUUUCAAAACAGUCAGCAAAGGGAAAAGAAAAGCUUCCCAUUUAUAUGGGAGAGGUUGGCCCAGUGUGGUUGUAUCCUGAGACCCAGUUGGAUUGCAUUGUAGCAGAUCCCAAGAAGGGUACCAAAAUGUACGGCCUGAAGAGUUACAUUGAGUAUCAAAUCGCACCAAAUACUACAAACAGACCUGUCAAUCACAGAUACAAACACUUUGAUUGGCUCUAUGAAAGACUUCUGGACAAGUUUGGAUCGGCCAUUCCUAUCCCCUCUUUACCAGACAAACAGGUCACAGGACGCUUUGAGGAGGAGUUCAUAAAGAUGCGGAUGGAGCGUCUCCAGGGCUGGAUGACCCGGAUGUGCCGGCACCCCAUCGUCUCCAACAGUGAGGUCUUUCAGCUAUUCCUCACCUACAAGGACGAGAAGGACUGGAAGAUGGGGAAGAGAAAAGCAGAAAAGGAUGAGACUGUGGGAGUGAUGAUCUUCUCCACAAUAGAGCCAGAGGCUCCUGAUCUGGACCUAAUUGAUGUUGAGCAGAAGUGUGAGAUGUUCAGCCGGUUUACCAAGGCCAUGGAUGAUGGAGUGAAGGACCUACUAAAUGUGGGACAGGAGCAUUGGAAAAGAUGCACUGGCCCAUUGCCAAAGGAAUACCAGAGGAUUGGAAAAGCAUUUCAGAAUCUUUCUUCAGUAUUCAAUAGCAGUGGAUACCAAGGAGAGGCCACACUCACUGAUGCACUCACUGCAGCAGGAAAAACAUACGAGGAAAUCGCCCAGAUGGUUGCAGAGCAGCCAAAAAAAGAUCUGCAUUUCCUGAUGGAGACCAACAACGAGUACAAAGGCCUACUGGGAUGUUUCCCAGACACCAUUGGAGUCCAUAAGGCAGCCAUAGAGAAGGCAAAGGAAGCAGACAAGCUGGUGGCCACAAGUAAAAUCACCCCUCAGGACAAGGUGACCAUGGCCAAGCGGGUUAGCACCAUGUCCUAUGCACUGCAAGCGGAGAUGAAUCACUUCCACAGCAACCGUAUCUAUGACUACAACAGGGUCAUGCAGCAAUACCUGGAGGAGCAGGUGAAGUUUUACGAAACGAUUGCAGAGAAGUUGAAGCAGGCCCACAGCCAGUUCGUCACGAUGUAGCUGCAAAAACUACAGAAGCAAAGUUCCCAACCCAAAGCAUUUCUUUUCUCCUCUUCCUUCAGAAGACAUAUGCAUGUAAUGACUUCAGCGUAGCACUGCAUCUAUGAAUGUUGCAGUCAUCCCCGUGAAAAUUUAACAUAUUUACACAAACCUGACAAUAAUGCAAACAACGCCACUCAUGACUUCCCUGCGCAAUCUGGAGGGCCUCAGAUACCAGAGGAGAAUGUGACUGCCCAACAGACUGUGCUCACCUCAGCAAAGACAGCAUUAGGAUGUGUCCCAGAAGCAGUGCAUUAAACUCAUCGGCACUUUAUAUCACUGGCCGCAUUGGCUGUUCCUUAUGCCUCCUCAGAAGCUACGGUUGGAACAGUAAUGAGACAACAUGUAUGAUUGUUUAUUUUUUUUGUUUUUUGUUUUUUAAACUGAAGCUUGAAUGUUGUGAUUCUUUCACUGAUUGCUUGGUCUGAUGGUGUUGCGCGUCUUGAUUAUCUUGAUAAGAGAGAGGAAGAAAGCUUUGUGCCUUGCUCUGGUAAGCGGGUCAUAAAUACUGCUAGUGGCCCCACCUCUGCUCACUUUCAUAUUAGCAGGAAGUGUCCCUUCCCAUUCUCACUGUGCCUUGUACACUUAGAAAGAGCAGCUGGCUUCCUCUGGCCUACGCAGUUUUAAUCAGUGUCUCGUACCAUAAUUCUGAGGGAGAGCAUCAGAAGAAUUAUUCUGGGGACACAGGACUUUGGGGCUGGACCUUUGUUCCACUAGUGCUGAAUGUAAGAUGUGUCAUUAUACUCUGUCACCCAGACUAUUGCCAAACAUGAUGUCUAUGAAGAUAGUACCUCCACCUCAUUGUGCUUUGUCACUAAAAUACAAUUACACAUCAUUGAAUCUCUCUGAUCUUUGAUAUUUUUAGAACUUUGAUUCUUUUCCUAACACCUGAAGUAAAAAAAAAUUAAAUAAAAACUAUAUAUAUACAUAUAUAUAUUCUUUGAGAUGCAUAUGCUUUGGUUGUUAAAAUUUCUUGUACAGUAUACAAAUGUUUGCAAGUUUGUUUUCUGUUCAAUAAAUAAAUCCAGAUUUGUACUGGAUUUACUGCCUCUCCAAACUUGAAAAAUGCUAUAAAUUGACUGUCAUGCGCUGUAGCCGUUACAUUUUCAGUACUCAAGCCUGCCAUUAUUCCUCUGUCUGAAAGAUGGAAGAACGUGGAAGAGAAUGAGAAUGAGCCGGGCUCUGGCUGAUAAUCAAAGGCUGCCUGUUAUGGCUAGCUGGAACCAGCAGGGAUGAAGAAAGGAGUGAUUUAUCCUUCUCAGAGUUCAGGUGCAACUCUACUUGCUUGUUCAUUCAGACAGCCCAACUCAAUGGUUCUUUAAGGGAACAAACUCAUCCUCCUUUGCUUUGCUUUCUUCAGUCAGAUUUUGAAGUUGUUAAAUCGUUGCAUUUUGUGUAUCCUCUUUAUCCACACUUUCUGGCACUAACAGGAAAUCGACCUUC